CCUUAAUAAAGAGAGAAAACAGAAAAGCAAAAUAAAUAUUUCUAAAAUUCUCCCUCAUACUCACGCCGCCGCCGGAAUUCCCCGCCGCCGGUCCAAUCAGGUCAAAGAACAGACCGUUGGUAUACUCUAGAAUUCAUUUAGUGCUUGCGUUCUCUGCCAUGGGAGCUCCGAAACGACACCGUAGCACCAAGGACGAGGAGAAACUCACUUCCAAACAGAGGAAAACUGGUAAACAUGGAGUGCGUGCAAAAAAGUUACACGAGGAGGUGGAGCAGCAAUUAGAUGAACAUUCAGAGGGCGAAGAAGCAGAAUUAGUUGCCAACACAAACACAAAGCUGACAGUAUACGACAGUUUAUUGGAAAAAUUGGGUACACAGAAUAUCUCUGUUGCAGACGCACUCAGAAGAAGGCAAAGAGAAGAGCAAGGGGAAAGUGAUGAAGAAGACGAAGAGGAAGACAGUGAUCCAGAAUCCAUUGACGAGCUGGAAGAAAAUGCUGAUGAUGACGACGACGACGCUGAUGAUGGAGAUGAUAGUGUGUCACCUGGGAGUGACAUUGCUGGAAAAGAUAAAGACAACGUGGAACCGAGUGAAGAUGCUGGGGAAGAUGAUUAUGAUGUAAUAUCUGACUCAGACGAAGAAGCCAUAUCAGUAGCAAACAAUCAAACCCUUUCAGAUGCAUCUUCAAACAGCAACUUUGACAAUCAUUUGAGUUACAAAUUGGUAUCCACCGAGGUGGACUCAUUGUUGAAAAGGAAAUGGAAGUACACAUGGAAGGUGCCAACUAUUAACAUGGCAAACUGUCAUUGGAGGGGAACAGGAGAAUGCAUUAAUAAGAUAUUUGAUUCUCAGUUCUCUAGGUUUAACAUUUCUCAGUGA